AUGAACAACACAACCUUGCCGGAGGCAAUGGUGCGAGCACUCAACCAUACGCUCUACAUCAUGACCGGACAGUACCUUUCUGAUUUCUUGGUGCCCGAUGAGCAGCGUCUUCAAGCAAAAGGUGCGGCGAGCGUUGACGGCAUCAACUUGCCCCCCGUUGCCGAACGCAGAUUCCUUGUGAGUGACGAGGAGGCUGUGCAAAUCAGAAGUAUGAACCUUCUGUGUGCUUUGGGCUUGAGGGGGUUCCCCUUAAGCGAAUGCUGCCAUCCCAUGUGGAACGACUAUUUGCGAGCAGUCAAUCAAUCGAGUUUGAAACUGUCGACUCUCAAGCUGACUUUGUUGGUGAACAGCGGACGAGGCCCUUACCAUUCAGGGAAAAAUCAGUUCAACAUCGAAAAGGCGACUGCGGAUCUUCUUUCGAAGGUCAGCGAUGGCUACCUGGAGUCGCUGGCGGAAGCAGUGUGGCGCGAUGGCGGCUGCGUUGGACGAUGCCCUACGUCCGUCAGCCCGGAGGCAUGGAUGCAGGCCAGAGGAAUUCGGACAAGACUGAAGGAGGCCAAGAACAAAUCUUGGUUCGGCGUGCGGGAGUGUUUCCGCACGCUGGACAGCAGCUGGACCUAUUUGGCAGAGAGCGCUUCUCACGCACAGAAGCUUCUGGCCGGCUUGGGUGCUGCAGAGGAUGCCUUGCCGCUGCCUCCCAAGAGGAGGCGUGUAGGCAAGAAGGCUGCGGCGGACCGUGCUCCUGGAGCGGUUGAGGAGGCAGAGACGUUGAGUGCCAAGAAAAUGUUCGAUUUGCUGCGGGCAAAGUACAAGAACACGGCUGAGUUUGCAUCAGUCCUGUUGCAAGAUCGCACCCUGCAGCACGACAUGCGAAUCAUUGUGGAUGUGACCGGACCCCUGCACGAAGAAUACCAAAGGUAUUUGGAUGUGCAUCAGUCUGGCCACACAGAGUUGUUGCAAUCAAGCGCACAGCGCUCGUUGGGGUCUUGGUUCGGCACCGUGAUGAAGACCGUGGGCUUGCUCCAAAGCACAAGCCUGAUCGCUAGGCUGGAGUUGACACCAGGCCCAGUGGCAAGGCGUGUGCUGGAAUUGACGGAUCCAGCUGUGUCCGAAGACGUGCGAGUAAUCAACCGGUUGUUCGAUCUGGUUGUGGAGCUGGCCGCAAACCGCAUGUGGUCGCAAGCGCACCAUGGGUUGCUGUUCCCUUACGUCUUUGCAGCCGCUGCUGUGGACGAUGCACGAGAGAGGGCCCGGGCAACACGGCUUCUUCGGGACUUGGCGAACGCCUGGUUGAAGCUCGAGGAUGCAGUGGUCGCCGCCCCCGGCGGUCCUUGCGCUGAACUCCUGCAGGACUUGGGGACAUCGACGUGGCAGGUGACAAGGGAGAUAUUCAUCCAAGGGCGCAGCUGUGACUGGAAUUUAGCCAAUGCAGAGCUACAGGCUUUGUGCAGUACGCUUUUUGGUGGACCCAUCAGCACCAAAGACAUUCUUGAAUCAACUUUCGCAUAUCUCAGGGACACCAUGCGCCAGUGCAAGAAUUCCGUUUUGGCCCAGUUCACGCAGUACUGCUACGUUGCUGCGUCGCCGUAUGGCCGGCACAGAGGCGGCAUACCCCACUUUCGACCCAGCAAGUCUGAUUUCGCGCUUCUGCAUCGGGCGGGUUUUGACGAUUCAGAAAUCAACAGUCUGAACAUAUGGGCGCCGGCCAAAACCCCACUUUCCGAUGAAAUCCCAAGCAGGCAGCGCAUUGGCAAGAUCAGGCCAGCGGGCUUUCAUGCAAACCGGGUUGCAGCAGCUGCAUCUGCAUAUACUUUGAUCGCGGCCCCCAACGAUUUCGAUCGUGUGGAUGCAGCUUGGGCAGGAUGCUUGCUGACACGAAAGAGCUUCUUCCUGCACAAGCCGUCUGGGGUUUUCUACCUGAGCUUUGGCUUCAUGAAAUGGGCAGCACAGGCCUUGCGGCUUGACAAGGUGAUUCGUGGAAGCGAGGAGUAUCUGACAGUGGCUGAGGGAGAGAUGCAGAGAUCAGCGCCGCGCUGGUUGAGCAACCAUUCCGUGGAAGCAGAUGGACCUUUCCUACAUGUGCCAGUCGAGAUUGUUCCGCCGGCAUGCCGUCCAUUGCUGGCACCCAAAGGACCGUUGGCGUGCCGCAUUGCUGGGCAGCCCGGUGAUGCUUUGAAAGCGGCGCUUCUGAAGGGAGCGUUUCUCGACAAACAGCAGGUCAAGGCCAUUUGUGUUGCACGUGAGGUUCCCGUGGAAGCAAGUGCCAACAAGGGACCAAUGCUGCGUGCGUUGUUGAAAGCCUGCUUUCCUGACGAAUCCGACGAUUUCAUUGACAGACUCUUGAAGAAGCAAGCUGUGAACCCCGGAAGUGCACCUGCCCCAGACAAUGAAGCGGAUCAAGACGAACUGGAGAUGCUCAUCCACAUGACGGCAGCCCUGGACACGUCUGAGGCCCAGCACUUUGAAGACAUGCGCAAGCAUGCCAUGGAGCAGUUGGAGGCAUCCGAGGAGAAAAAGAGAGUUCGACAACGGAUUGCAAAAGAUCGCGAAGAACCACCGCCCGAAGCAAGAGGACCAGCCCCGCGUGAGGCUGGAGUGCACACUGGACCACAACGCAAUCCAGCAACGCAAAAGACCAAAGCGCCACAGGAAUUUCUGGCUUUGCUGCCAGACGUGCAGGCUCUCUAUUUCCAUUGGGAGCCCCAGAACCGCAAA